AAUUUACACGUUGUGGUCCAACUUGCGGUGAAUCGCGUGGAUUUGUUUAAGAAGAUAUUUUAUACAAUAAUUUAGUUCAGUAUGGGUAAGCCAAGAGGACUUCGUACUGCCCGUAAACACAGAGAUCACCGCAGAGAUCAAAGAUGGCAUGAUAAGAACUAUAAAAAAGCUCACUUGGGAACUCGCUGGAAGGCUAAUCCUUUUGCAGGUGCUUCUCAUGCUAAAGGGAUUGUACUUGAAAAAAUUGGUGUUGAAGCUAAGCAGCCUAAUUCAGCUAUUAGGAAGUGUGUGAGAGUACAGUUAAUUAAGAAUGGUAAAAAGAUCACGGCAUUCGUUCCCAGAGAUGGUUGCUUAAAUUUUAUAGAGGAAAACGAUGAAGUGUUGAUCUCUGGUUUCGGUCGAGCUGGUCACGCUGUAGGUGAUAUUCCAGGUGUCAGGUUCAAGGUUGUUAAAGUUGCAAAUGUUUCAUUGCUAGCUUUGUAUAAGGGAAAGAAAGAAAGACCUAGAUCUUAAUAUGUAAUGAAAGUUAAUAAAAAAAAAAUUGAACAAGU